CAAAACUCUCUUUCAGCCAUCACAAACUUCACUACACCUUCUCAGUUCCUCGCCUAACACCACCACUUUCUCUUUUUAUUUUUGGUCAAUCACCACUUUCUCUAUUUUCUUGGAAAACCUCUCAUUUUUCCCGGAAAAUAAAGCAAACCAUAAAGGGCCCAUUCCAUUGAAAACUUGCAUCCUUUUUCUCCCAAUCUGUGAACACCACUGUUUUGUUUUUCUUGUCUCAUUUCCUUGUUCCUUCCGUCGCAAAUCUUGGCCACCACGUUACCCUAUUCCCAAGGAAACCAUUCCAUUGACUCACUCACUCUCUUGACUCAACUCAUCUUUUCCACCCUUUAUAUACCACCCUCCAAAAAUCUCAUCUCUCACAUACCCUUUUCACAGUAGUAGCAUCUUUGCUCUGUUUUUCGUUUUCUCAUCAUGCACUCUGCCACUGGCUUUUUCCUUGAACCCAUUUUCCUUCAUGGUUUAUCUGGGUUCCUUCAUCUACUGCUUAUAGUGGCGGUUUUUGCAUCAUGGGUAUGGAACAAAUUCACAUCUUAUGCUAGUUCCAGUGCUAAGGUUGAUGGUGGCGGCUCUAAGGAGAAAACAAACAACACUCUGUUUUCUGUGACUCUGUUUUGUUCUCUUGGUGUCUCUGCUUUCAACCUAGCUCUGUUACUGUUCAACUACUUCUACUGGUACAGCAAUGGCUGGUCAGAAGAAAAGCUCGUGACCCUUUUGGAUUUAGCGCUUAAAAUGGUUGCUUGGGGUGUUGUUUGUGCUUGUUUCCUCAAAGGGUUCUCUAGAAGGUUUCCAUUUUUCCUCUUCAGAAUCUGGUGCGGUUUCUUCCUCUUUGUUUCAUGUUACUGUUUUGCUGUGGAUGUUGUUGUUAUCUGUGAGAAAGACACUGCAUUGCCACCUCAGCAUGUGGUUUCUGAUGUGGUGUCUGCUAUUGUGGGCUUGUUCUUCUGUUGUGUGGCUUUUGUUUUGAAGAAUGAGGGUGGUGGUGGUAGUAACAGUGUCCAUGAACCUCUAUUGAAAGGGGAUUCACAAGUUGGUAAUGGUAAAGAGAGCAAAGGGAGUGACACUGUUACCCCUUUUUCCAGUGCUGGAAUUUUCAGCAUUCUUACAUUUGCUUGGUCUGGUCCUCUUAUAGCUGCUGGUUAUAAGAAAACCUUGGACCUUGAAGAUGUGCCUCAACUUGAUUGCAGAGACAGUGUUAUUGGAGCAUUUCCAGGUUUUAAGGAAAAGGUUGAGAGUGAUUUUGGUGGAAUUAACACCUUGACCACACUUAAGCUUGUUAAGUUAUUGAUAAUCUCGGCGUGGAAAGAGAUUCUCUUCACUGCUUUUCUUGCAUUGUUGAACACUUUGGCUUCUUAUGUUGGUCCUUAUCUCAUUGAUGGUUUUGUUCAGUACCUGGAUGGACGGAGGCUAUAUGAAAACCAGGGCUUUGUUCUGGUUUCUGCAUUUUUCUUUGCGAAAAUUGUUGAGUGUUUGUCACAAAGGCAUUGGUUCUUUAGGUUGCAGCAAGUUGGACUUCGAAUCCGAGCAUUGCUUGUGACAAUGAUUUAUAACAAAGCCUUGACCCUUUCGUGUCAAUCGAAGCAGGGCCACUCUUCUGGGGAGAUAGUCAAUUUCAUGACUGUGGAUGCUGAAAGAGUUGGUGUGUUCAGUUGGUAUAUGCAUGAUUUGUGGAUGGUGGUACUGCAGGUUUCAUUAGCCCUUGUGAUUUUGUAUAAGAACCUUGGUGUUGCUGCAAUCGCUGCUUUUGUUGCAACCAUCAUUGUUAUGUUAGCCAAUGUUCCCUUGGGAUCAUUGCAAGAGAAGUUUCAAAAGAAGUUGAUGGAGUCAAAAGAUAAGAGAAUGAAGACCACUUCUGAGAUUUUAAGGAACGUGAGAAUCCUCAAACUGCAAGGGUGGGAAAUGAAGUUUCUAUCUAAGAUAACUGAGCUCAGGAACACUGAACAAAACUGGUUGAAAAAAUAUCUGUACACAGCAGCCAUGACUACAUUUGUGUUUUGGGGUGCCCCCACAUUUGUUUCCGUGGCUACUUUUGUUACUUGUAUGCUUGUAGGGAUCCCUCUCGAAUCAGGGAAGAUCUUAUCUGCACUUGCAACAUUCCGGAUUCUUCAAGAGCCUAUUUAUAAUCUUCCAGACACAAUUUCAAUGAUAGCACAAACCAAAGUUUCUCUUGACAGGAUUGCAUCGUUCCUUCGCCUAGAUGACUUGCCGACCGAUGUUGUAGAAAAUCUUCCUCGGGGUAGUUCUGAUACAGCAAUUGAAGUUGUGGAUGGGAAUUUUUCUUGGGAUUUAUCUUCCCCUAAUCCAACCUUGCAAAAUAUAAAUCUCAGAGCUUCUCAUGGCAUGAGGGUUGCUAUUUGUGGUACUGUUGGAUCAGGCAAGUCUACUUUACUUUCUUGUGUGUUGGGAGAAGUACCAAAGAUAUCAGGUACCCUUAAGGUUUGUGGAACCAAGGCCUAUGUUGCUCAAUCACCAUGGAUACAAAGCGGGAAGAUAGAGGAUAAUAUAUUGUUUGGUAGAGACAUGGACAGGGAAAGGUAUGAAAACGUGCUCAAAGCAUGUUCCCUGAAGAAGGAUUUUGAGAUUUUGUCAUUUGGUGAUCAGACAGUUAUAGGAGAGCGUGGAAUAAAUUUGAGUGGUGGACAGAAACAAAGGAUACAAAUUGCUCGUGCUCUUUACCAAGAUGCUGAUAUAUAUCUAUUUGAUGAUCCUUUUAGUGCUGUGGAUGCUCAUACAGGAUCUCACCUUUUUAAGGAAUGCUUGCUGGGGGUAUUAAGUUCAAAAACAGUGGUUUAUGUUACUCAUCAAGUGGAGUUCUUACCUGCUGCUGACCUUAUAUUGGUCAUGAAAGAUGGGAAAAUUACUCAAUGUGGAAAGUAUGAUGAUCUGCUUAACAGUGGGACUGAUUUUAUGGACCUUGUUAGUGCACACAGAAAGGCUUUGUCCACACUUGAUUCAAUGGAUGGAGGGACAGUAUCUAAUGAAAUAAGUACCAUGGAAGAACAAGAUGUAAAUGUUUCUGGCACUCAUGGUGAUACAGAAAAAGAGGAAAACAAAGGUGAGAAAAAUGGUAAAGCAGAUGACAAAGAUGAACCAAAAGGGCAACUUGUUCAAGAAGAAGAAAGAGAGAAAGGUAAAGUUGGGCUUUCAGUCUAUUGGAAGUAUAUCACAACUGCAUAUGGAGGAGCUCUUGUACCAUUCAUAUUAUUGGCUCAGAUUCUUUUUCAAGCUCUUCAAAUUGGAAGCAACUAUUGGAUGGCUUGGGCUACUCCCAUCUCACAAGAUGUGGAGCCACCUGUGGAAGGAACAACUCUUAUAGCAGUUUAUGUUGCUUUGGCCAUCGGAAGUUCUUUCAGCAUCCUUGUCAGAGCAAUGUUACUUGUCACAGCUGGUUAUAAGACAGCCACUAUGCUCUUCAAUAAAAUGCACUUCUGCAUUUUCCGUGCCCCGAUGUCAUUUUUUGAUUCCACUCCAAGUGGGAGGAUCAUUAACAGAGCUUCUACAGACCAAAGCGCAGUGGAUACAGAUAUUCCUUAUCAAAUUGGGUCAUUUGCCUUCUCCAUGAUCCAGCUGUUGGGAAUUAUAGCAGUGAUGUCUCAGGUUGCAUGGCAAGUUUUCAUUGUCUUUAUCCCUGUCAUAGCAAUCAGCAUUUGGUAUCAGCAAUAUUAUUUACCAUCAGCCCGGGAACUGUCACGUUUGGUUGGUGUAUGCAAAGCCCCAAUCAUUCAGCACUUUGCUGAAACAAUUUCGGGUACUUCAACCAUUAGAAGCUUUGAUCAGCAGAGAAGAUUUCAGGAAACAAAUAUGAAACUGACUGAUGGGUAUUCUCGGCCAAAGUUCAAUAUUGCUGGUGCCAUGGAAUGGUUAUGCUUCCGCUUAGAUAUGCUGUCUUCUAUCACAUUUGCCUUUUCCUUGAUAUUCUUGAUAUCUAUUCCACAGGGUAUUAUAGAUCCAGGCAUUGCUGGUUUAGCUGUUACCUAUGGUCUUAAUUUAAACAUGAUACAAGCUUGGGUGAUAUGGAAUCUUUGCAACUUGGAGAACAAAAUUAUAUCAGUAGAAAGAAUACUUCAGUAUACUUCCGUUCCUAGUGAGCCUCCCCUUGUUGUAGAAAACAAUCAGCCAGAUCCUUCUUGGCCCUCAUAUGGCGAGGUUGAUGUACAGGACUUACAGGUUCGUUAUGCUCCACAUCUUCCCCUUGUGUUGCGUGGUCUUACAUGCACAUUUCGCGGAGGACUGAAAACUGGCAUUGUUGGGAGAACGGGCAGCGGUAAAUCAACCCUCAUACAAACACUUUUCCGACUCGUUGAGCCUACUGCCGGGCGAGUUAUGAUUGACAGCAUCGACAUCUCUCUAAUUGGACUGCAUGAGUUGAGGUCUAGACUAAGCAUUAUACCACAGGAUCCAACCAUGUUUGAAGGAACAGUGAGAAAUAAUCUGGACCCCCUGGAAGAGUACACUGAUGAACAAAUAUGGGAGGCCUUGGAUAAGUGUCAACUUGGAGAUGAAGUUAGAAAGAAAGAAGGAAAGCUAGACUCUACAGUUAGUGAGAACGGUGAGAAUUGGAGCAUGGGUCAGAGGCAGUUGGUGUGCCUUGGUAGGGUGCUGCUAAAGAAAAGCAAGGUUUUGGUGCUUGAUGAAGCUACUGCAUCAGUUGAUACAGCUACAGAUAAUUUGAUUCAGCAAACUCUUAGGCAGCAUUUCUCUGAGUCUACAGUCAUUACCAUUGCACAUCGAAUAACUUCAGUCAUUGACAGUGAUAUGGUUCUGCUUCUUAGUCAAGGACUUAUUGAGGAGUAUGACUCCCCAGCAAAAUUGCUAGAGGACAAGUCAUCAUCUUUUGCUCAACUUGUUGCAGAGUAUACCAUGAGGGCCAGCUCCAGUUUUGAGAAAUCUGUAGAACAUUGAUUGAUUGAAACCUACUGAAAUAAAAGUUUCUUGACAAUGACGAAAAUUUGGGAGCGGUUACAUUGUUAUAAAUGGAAUUUUGUAUUUUUUCCCCCAUCCAGCAUAAUUGAUAGGAAAGUGUUUUUAAUAAAAUAAGGCUUUUGAUCUGCUGUGAAAAAAA